AUGAUAGUAAGAAAUGAUACAUCUAGGUUUCGUGUAGUGUGUAAGGGGUUCAAUCCUAAACUGGUCAAGGCUGAAACAGAGGCAAAAGAUGGGGCUGUUGCUGAAGAUGUAACAAACAUUUGGGGUAAAACAAAAGCAAAAGGGCAGGAAGUUGAAGAUGUGACAGUUGGGGGUAUAUCUGGAAGUAAAUUAAAUGUUGGGGGUAUAUCUGGAAGUUCAUUAAAUGCUGGGGUCGGUUGGUUGGCUAGGGAGAUAGAAGGUACUAUUCGGAUUAAUCCUACUAUUCCACUCAAAUCCUUACAAGAUAUGAUACAAAAGAAGUUCCAGGUAGAAGUUACUGUAAUGCAGAUGUUUAGGGCUAGGUCUCAGGCAACAAAGAGAGUUCAAGGUGAUUAUAAUGUUCAAUAUACAAUGCUUAGAGACUACUGUGAAGAAUUGCUUAGGGCUAAUCCUGGUACAACAAUAAAAAUAGAGAUAGCUGGUAGAAAUUUGUUGGGUCUAGAUGGAUGUUUGAUGAAGGGGCCUUAUCCAGGGCAGGUCUUAACUGCAGUUGGUAUAGAUGCAAACAAUGGCAUCUACCCGGUAGCCUAUGCAUUGGUUGAGUCAGAAUCUAAAGCUUCAUGGACAUGGUUUUUGAUGUGCUUGGGAGAUGAUCUAGGGCUGGAUCCCAACUCAUAUUUCACCUUCAUAAGUGAUAGGCAGAAGGGUAUAAUACCAGCAAUAGAAAAGGUGUAUCCAAAGGUUGAACAUAGGUUCUACCUAAGGCAUAUACAUGAGAAUAUGAAACCAAGAUGGAAGGGUGAUGUCUACAAAGAUUUGUUAUGGAGCUGUGCUAGUGUCCUUACAACAAGAUGUUGGGAAAAUGCAAUGAAGGCAGUUGAGGAAAAAGAUAAAGACUUACAUGACUGGUUGAAAGAAAUUCCUCCAAGGCAUUGGUCUAGAUCUCAUUUCAGUGGUAGGGCAAAGUGUGAUGUUCUCUUAAACAAUCUGUGUGAGGUCUUCAAUAGGCAACUGGUGUAUGGUAGGGACAAACCUAUCAUCACUUGUCUUGAAUUCAGUAGGGAAUACCUAAUGAAAAAGGUUGUGGUUGUCAAAAAGCUAAUUGCCAAGUGUAAUGGUCCUUUAACACCUGCUGCUACUAGGAUCUUUGAUGCAAUCAAGUUUGAAGCCUCAAAGUACACUUGCAUUUGGACUGGAGGAACAAAGUAUCAGGUCAGUCAUGGGUUAGAUCAAAGGGUUGUUAAUCUUGGUGAAAGGACAUGCUCAUGCAGGAAAUGGGACCUUAUUGGUAUGCCUUGCAAGCACGCAAUGGCUGCAAUCUGGAAUCAGGGUUUACAUGGAGGUGGGGAACCCAUACCAGAAAGGUGGGUUGAUCAAGCAUACUGA